AUGUGCCCCGAGGCGGGGUACGUCCAGCUGGCGAACCGCCUGGGCGCGCAGGUGGAGAAAGCGCAGAAGGAUGGGGAGAAGGCGACACGCGAUAGGAAGAGGAUGAGGAGGGAGGCACACGAGAAGGAUUACAGGAGGCAGGAGAGGGAGGGCCUCUCACAGCAGACUAUGCCCGAGUCCACCCCGGAUCCAGAUGAUUCUUCGUCCGACGAGGUGGACCUCGAGAUGUUCGAGGACCCCAACACGGGGGAGGCCGGAGGUCCACUGCCGGCCCAGCAGCGGGCUGGCAUCGAGGCCUCGGCGGCGGCGGCGGGCGAGAAGGAGCCCGCGCCUGCGACGAUCGAGAUGAUACCCGUGCUGACGGCGAGCAGGAGGUCGCCCACACCGGCGGCGGGCAGCAGGUCGCCCACACCGGCGGCGGGCAGGAGGUUGCCCACACCGGCAGUGGGCAGGAGGUCGCCCACGCCGACGGUGGGCAGAAGGGUGCCCACGACGGCGGUCAGAAGGAUGCCCAUGCCUGUGGCAGCGGCGGCCGAGAGGACGCCCGUACCAACGGCGGGUGCAGUGACACUCUGGCAGACGCCGCCGAGGGUGCAAUCCCUGCUGAUCCCGGUUCCCUUCCCCGCUUGGUUCAGCCGGAGGGCUACUCCGGCCGCCGCCCCGCUGGCGCCGUCCAAGGCUCUCAAGUCGGGGCUAGGCGCCACGCCGCGCACAGCGGCGCAGCCCCCGACCGGAGGGCCUCAGACGGUGGAGGCGACCGUCACGAGGUACUGGGAGGCGUUGGCCCGGGGGGCCCAGAGCGUCCGGGCGCAGCCGGACAAAAGCGAAGCCGGCCGGAGCAGCAUAGAGGAGGCUGCUCGGUCGGGUGCCGAGGGAGAGGCCGGCCGGGACAGCAUGGAGGGUGCUGCCCGGUCAGAUACUAAAGAAGACACCGGCCGGGGCAGCACAGGGGGUGCUGCCCGGACAGUACCGAAGAAGAUGGGGAGACCGGUGGGAACACAUCAGAGCGUCCCGCCAGCCAGGUGA